AUGAACAGAGGUAUUUGCUGCAAUAUCCAUAAAAAUUACCCAAUAUUUCUUCUAAAUUUAUUAGAAAAAGAAAAAUCAAAAUUAUAAUGUGUCAAAUGCAUAUCAAAUAAAAAAAUUGAAGCUGAAUUUUUACUUUUGCAAGAUAUAAUUGAAUUUGAUAGCAACUCUUUUUUAGAAAAUUGGCCUCCACUUUCUAGUGAUUCAUUAAGAAAAGAUAUAAUUGACUUAAAAAAUAAUGAAACGGACAUCAAGUAACACAUUGAAGAAUUUUACGAAUCACUAACUCAAGAAGUAAUUUAGAUUAUAUCUUAGAAAAAGAAAGAAUAGCUAAUUUAAGCCUAAAAGGUUUAAGAAUUCAAGUCUGACAUAAUUGAAUAAUAUCAGGAAAUGGCAUCAAUAGAAAAAAUGAAAGAAUGCCUUGUUUAAGAAAAUCAAUAAACUGAAAAAAUUGAAUAAGAUCUAAAUGAGCAAAUCAAUUCCCAAUUCUAAAAAAAAGAAAAAUAUACCUCUCAACUUUCUUAUAUGAUGAAAUAAUAUUAAUUUAUUAGUAAACUGGAUGAGGUAAGAACUGCUCAAUUCAAAGCAAAUAUUUUAGAAAUUUUAAAAGUUGUUAAUCUUUUACCUAAAAAUAAUUUUAAUUUUGGAACUGAAAAAGAAGAAUUUAGAUUUGAAAAUAUUGAAGCUUACAAGAAAAAAAUAGAAGAAGAGCUAUAAAUUAACAAUUAUGAGUAGAUAAAAAUCUAAAUUUUAAUAGAUUAGCUUAAUCUUUGUAAAAAGGAAUUAAUUUAAAAAAUGAAUCAAAAAAAUUGGUUUUUAGAUAAUUUCUUAAAAGAAUAAUAGACUUUAUUAUUAAAUAAUUAGCUCAAUUAAGCACAAUUUAUGAAAGAUAUUUAUAAAAAUACAAUUGAUAUAUAAAAUUUGAUGACCAAUCAGAUUAAGUAACUAGGAUAAAAAAAUUUCAAAUAUUUCAGUGAGUUUAAUUAUAACUUAAAACUUAAAAAUGAUGAUGCUUUCAUUUUUUCAAAAUAAAAUAAUUCAUCAAAUUACUUAUAAACAAAUAAACAAUCUAAAUUUAUGGUAGAAAGAGUUAAGGAUGAAAACUAUAAUGUUCAGUGUUUUCUUAAUUUUACUUUUGACCCCAAAAAAAAAUAUUUAUUUAAAGUCAAUUUCUCAAAAUCAAAUUAAAAUUCAACAUUCUAUGUUGGAUUAAUAACAGUUAAUAAUCUGCAUACCAAAGAUUUAGAUGAAGAAGAGUUAGGAUUUAGAAUAGGCAGCUAAGAAAAAAAAUAUAAUUAAAAUAAUAUUUUUGGUUUAAAACAAUAAGUUAAUUCAUAAUUUCCCAAACAAAAUUAUUUUGGUUAGGUUAAUUUAUCAUUUAAUAAUUUAUCAACUCCCAUAUUUUCUCAGUAAAGCAAGUAAAAUUAACCAAUAAUAGAUUUAACUUAAGAAGAGAUAAAAUCAUCUUUAGAGUUCAGAGUUUGUUUAGAAAAUAAUCUAAUUUAAUAUAGAAACUGUAAUAAUAAAUCUUAAUUUUAAAAUGUAAAAAAUAAUAAUAAAAUUAAAAAUGGUCAAAGGUAUCAUUUUGGUGUUUAAUUUUUGAGUGAUAAUGUAGGAGAUAUGUUUGAGAUUAUAGAAUUAGAAGAAUUAAAUGAAUUCCCAAAUAACUGA